GACACCUGGACACCAAACUAAAGCGCCGCCAUGGCGGACGCGCUGAUCGGGCCGCUGGUGGGGAGGCUCCAGGAGCUGGCGCUGAGCCAGGCACGGGCGCUGGUGGCGGUGAACAAGGACAUCCGGAGGCUCCGCGACAAGCUCAUGUUCCUGCAGGCCUUCCUCCGCGAGGCCGACGCCAAGCGCCACCUCUUCUCCGACGAGAUCACCAGGGUGUGGCUGCAGCAGACGCGCGACGCCGUCUUCGACGCCGAGGACGCCGUCGAUCACUACUACCUCCAGGUCGACAUGUCAAGGCAAGAAGCGCUUCUACAUGCGUCCUCCUGUCGGUCCCUAAAGUACCAAGGUAAAUGGUUGAUGUUGCGUUUAUCUAGGAUGAUAUAUGUUGGCUCUGUUCCGGUUCAUCCGAGCAGUUUGGUGACUAAUUUACUGAUAAUUUAAUUAUAUUAAUUAAAUGAGUCGGGUGUAUCGUCGUGCAUUUAUCUUGCCAGUAAUAUUCUGUGAUGCUCUGAUGCACUUUGGGAAUUGGUUAUCUUGUCUUCAGUGCGGAACAUUUGUUUAUUAAUGCAUGAGAAGAAUCCUUGUUACUACCUUGAACCUGUUUUAUAAUCCAUAUUGUUAUGCACUAGCGCGUGUGCGUGUGAAAUAGAUGGAUUAUGGUCCCGUACCCAAUAAGAUGGAUAUGUGUGUGUGUUAGA